GCCAUCCUUUCUCCUUUCUGCAGUCCCUUGACACACCUCCACACACAUGCAUACACCAGUAGUCGUUGCCCUGAAGAACUCUUGGCACCUUCAUGCAAAUCCAGCCCUCCCUCUGAAUUCCCUGUCCUGUGAAGAUUAGCUGGUGUUGGAGGCUUCAGUGCUCUUCUCAGGUUAUGGGCGUUCAAGAAGCACACACAAAACCACCACCUUCCUCAGUGCUGCAUUGUUAAGGAGAUUCAGAUUUCUGGAGAAGCGUAAGACCUGUUAUGGAAUCCUCCCAGAUCACUGGGGAUGAUGGCGAAGAGUGCAACAGUAAUGAAUCCGGCUGGACAAUAUACCUGGCCUCCCCCACAAGUAGCGAUGAUGCAAAAGAGAAUGCCAGUGGAGGAAGUAAUGUUGAAGAUGGCAGUGGCUACAUCAGUGAGAGGAGGAAAGGGAAAGAAGCAACCAAUGCAGAUGAUGACGCAGAUUAUGAUUCCCUGGCAUCUGAUGCUUCCACGGGGCCAGCUCAAGUGAAGGUGCUUGAAGGCAAAGAAGAAAAAGAUCAUCACAAAAAUGAUGGUUGUAGCAAUGAACAUGGCAAGGAUGAAAAAGAUGAGAUACUUACCAAAUUCUCCAACAGCGGCAACAAAAAGGCGGGAAAGAUGAAGAAAGGGGAUGAGAAAAUCAGCAAAAGAGGGCACAAUAGAAGACGUAGCUCAUCAAGAACAAGCUUUUUUUGGUAACUGAUGUAAAGUCUGCUCAUCCAUUUUCUUUCUUAUCAAGCUAGAAUCCAUGUUAGAGGCAAGGGGAAUUGAAGGCCUUGUGAUGGUCCCUGCUAUUGCCUUCUAAGGUUUUCUCCAUUUGUUAACCACUCCAUAGGUUAGUUGUUACUAUGCAAAUCUGUCAACCUUUCAUUAUUAUUCAUUUAUUCAAUGCCACAUAACAUUGCAUGUUCUCCUA